AUGACGACGAAGAAGAACGAAACCACGACAACGCCGCAAAGACGACGAGACGUCGGACACAUCCGAUCCGUUCUCGCGUCGACGACGUUGCGUUCGAUGCUGUCGCAGAUCGAUCGCGCGAAACAAGGAAGUUUAGCAGGAGCGGGGUCUUUCGUCGUUUCUCUUGGACACGACGAUACGUGCGAGACGGCGCUCAACACGUUGAAGAGAUACAACGUUUUAUCGGCGCCAGUUUUGGUGCAAAAUGUCGGGUUGAAUCGUGAAGACGAAAGAGCGACGUGUUUGGGUUUUUUCAGCGUCUCGGACGUGAUCGAUCCUCUCGUGGAAGCUUUCGAAGACGAGAAAAAGUUGGAGAAGAUGGAAGAUCCAAUCAACAUGUUGCAAGCGAUGUCGUUGUUACGAAAAGUAGCGCCUGAAGUCUUCUCGAAGAAGAUUAUUCAAAUCGGCAAUCUCAGCGACGUGGAUUUAGUCUUUGAACCGUACGCGAAAGAGUUGUCGAUUCUGGAAGCGAUGGAGAAUUUCUUGGCGAACCAACACCAUUUAGUGCACAGACUCGGCGUCUUCGACCCGCACGGGGAGAUACAUCGCAUAAUCUCGCAAUCCGACAUCAUCAAGUUUUUGCAAAUGAAGAACGAACAAGGUGUUUUUAAAGAGUUAUCGAGAUUAACAGUCCAAGAUUGCGGUUUUUGCUCCUCGGAAAGAGCGCUCGGUCUCUGUUGCGUCGAGCCGCACGAACUUACGAUCAAUGUUCUGAAAAAACUGCGCGAUCGAGAUAUCUCGUGUGUCGGCGUCGUGUACGAAGAUGUGUUAAUCGCGAACUUUUCAGCAUCCGAUCUCAGACGCGUGACGAAAGAUCACGUCUCUAUUUUGGGGUUACCGAUCGCAGAAUUCUUGGCAUUGUCUCAUCGCACGAGUUACGGCGGGUACUCGCAUAUCGAGAGUCAGCACGUGAGUCACGCGUUCUUCCAAAAGAUGAACGAAGACAGUCCAACCGCGGUCGAUCGACGGGAUAAAGCAAUCGAAAAAGACGAAAUAUUUUUACAGACCGUGGGAGUGUCGGCGACGAUCUCUGAUGUUUUGAACGCGCUUACGUACGUUCACCGCGUGUGGGUGGUCGUCGAAAAACCGAAACUGAAUGCUGGAAAGCCUCUCGACGUUAUUACGUUGACGGAUGUUCUUCGUCUGUUCAUCUCGGAAGAGAACGAUGCUUUCGGCGAAGAGAAUAAAUAA